GUGGCGCUUGGAGCAGGUGCAGAAGCAUCCUUGUCCCCGCUGUUGCUGCUAAUCUUUCUCCAGUGUCUGAGUCAGCGAAGGACAAGCAAUCUUUCUUUGCCGCUAAUGCUUCAAUGAACUGUUGCCCAGAACCUAGGCACUUCAGACAUUUCAUCUCACCCCUUAUUCCGCGUUCAGUGUAUAAGUCACCUGCACAUUUGUACCCCGAGAAUUUUUCCUUCUGCUCCAUGGUCGGAGCAGGGGUAGAAAGGGAAUUUCAAGUGUUUGAAAGAAAAGGUUUUUUACUGACUGCGGGGAGCUGUCUACGGUGCUGAAGCUUCCCAGGCGUUCGUCUGCAACACGACACGGAGUUAGAUUGCACAUUUUCGUUCCUGGCUUUCUCAUCCCCCAUGCCUUGGAUAAGACUAAUUUCAGGAUCGUGAAAAUCUCUCCGUAUCAUGGCCCACGUGAGACACUUUCGGACAUUAGUUUCAGGAUUUUACUUUUGGGAAGCAACACUGUUACUCAGCUUGGUUGCAACAAAGGAAACAGACAGCGCACGGUCUCGAAGUGCUCCAAUGUCACCUUCUGACUUUCUGGACAAAUUAAUGGGGAGGACGUCAGGAUAUGAUGCAAGAAUCAGACCUAACUUUAAAGGCCCUCCUGUUAAUGUCACAUGCAACAUAUUCAUAAACAGCUUUGGUUCUAUCGCUGAGACAACCAUGGAUUACAGAGUGAAUAUCUUUCUUCGUCAGAAAUGGAAUGAUCCCCGCCUUGCGUAUAGUGAAUAUCCUGAUGACUCUUUAGACCUAGACCCUUCUAUGCUAGACUCCAUUUGGAAACCUGACUUGUUCUUUGCCAAUGAAAAGGGUGCCAACUUUCAUGAAGUUACUACAGACAAUAAAUUAUUACGAAUUUUCAAGAAUGGAAAUGUUCUUUACUCAAUAAGGCUGACAUUAACGCUUUCUUGUCCAAUGGAUCUCAAGAAUUUUCCAAUGGAUGUACAAACAUGUAUAAUGCAACUGGAAAGUUUUGGGUACACAAUGAAUGAUCUCAUUUUUGAAUGGCAAGAUGAGGCACCUGUGCAAGUGGCUGAAGGACUCACUUUGCCCCAGUUUCUGCUGAAAGAAGAGAAAGAUUUACGAUACUGCACUAAACAUUACAACACAGGAAAAUUUACAUGUAUAGAAGUGCGAUUCCAUCUUGAACGACAAAUGGGAUACUACCUGAUCCAGAUGUACAUUCCCAGUCUCCUGAUCGUUAUCCUCUCCUGGGUUUCAUUCUGGAUCAAUAUGGAUGCUGCGCCAGCCAGGGUAGCCUUGGGAAUAACUACUGUGCUGACCAUGACCACCCAGAGCUCAGGAUCGCGAGCUUCCUUACCAAAGGUUUCUUAUGUCAAAGCUAUUGACAUUUGGAUGGCAGUAUGCCUCCUUUUUGUGUUUUCAGCACUUCUGGAAUAUGCAGCUGUAAAUUUUGUAUCAAGACAACACAAAGAACUUCUGAGAUUUCGACGAAAGAGAAAGAAUAAGGAUGAUGAGGUAAGGGAAAGUCGAUUCAGCUUCACAGCCUAUGGAAUGGGACCCUGUCUGCAAGCAAAAGAUGGUGUGACCCCAAAGGGUCCAAACCAUCCUGUCCAGGUAAUGCCGAAAAGCCCUGAUGAAAUGAGGAAGGUUUUUAUCGACAGAGCCAAGAAGAUUGACACCAUCUCUCGAGCCUGUUUCCCAUUAGCCUUUUUGAUUUUUAAUAUUUUCUACUGGGUUAUCUAUAAAAUUCUUAGGCAUGAGGAUAUUCAUCAGCAACAAGAUUAAGCCUCUGGGGGAAUGCAAGUGCAAACGAUCAAUUCAAAAGAAAGUUUCUUUGCCAUAGGUGUGUGUAUACGUGUGUGGUUUGUUGGCGUACAAACGAUGACCAUCAUAUUAAAAUGGCAUAUGGGUGGGUAUUUUUAUGAUAUGCUAUGCAAAGUCACAAGGCAGAUUAAGAGUCUUUUGAUGGAUACAAAAAUAUAUAUUAUGAGGAUUUUAUUUCAUAUUAAUUUAAGAUUAUUUGUCCU